GCCCUCCGCCCCGGCAGGAACGGCGGCCGGACCGCGGGGAGCGAGCCCUCCGCCCCGGCAGGAACGGCGGCCGUGCUGCGGGUUACCGAAGGGCGUAUUUAUCUUCCAGAGGGCUGCCUAAGUGUCGCUUAAUCAUUAAAUCAUCUGAUUUCCUCCAAGUUACCUGUCAUGAGGCUUAUGUAAGAUCUAGUGCCCAGGAGGGAGGGACGCCCAGGAUUGUGGCCAUGGCCCCGAGGAAGAGGAGCGGCCGGGGGAUCUCCUUCAUCUUCUGCUGCUUCCGCAGCAGCGACCACCCCGAGAUCACGUACCGGCUGCGCAAUGACAGCAACUUCGCCCUGCAGACCAUGGAGCCCUCGCUGCCCAUGCCGCCGGUGGAGGAGCUGGAUGGCAUGUUCACCGAGCUGGUGGAUGAACUUGACCUCACGGACAAGCACAGAGAGGCCAUGUUUGCGCUGCCAGCGGAGAAGAAGUGGCAGAUCUACUGCAGCAAGAAAAAAGACCAGGAAGAAAAUAAAGGAGCCACCAGCUGGCCAGAGUUCUACAUUGAUCAGCUGAAUUCCAUGGCUGCUAGAAAAUCGCUGAUUGCUUUGGAGAAAGAAGAUGAGGAGGAGAGGAACAAAACAAUCGAAAGUCUGAAGACUGCGCUGCGGACGAAACCAAUGAGGUUCGUGACCCGGUUCAUCGACCUGGACGGAUUAUCGUGUAUCCUCAACUUCCUCAAAAGCAUGGACUAUGAGACAGCAGAGUCUCGAAUACAUACCUCGCUCAUUGGAUGUAUAAAAGCACUAAUGAACAACUCCCUGGGCCGGGCCCACGUCCUGGCCCACUUGGAGAGCAUUAAUGUAAUCGCUCAGAGUCUGAGCACCGAGAAUAUUAAGACAAAGGUGGCAGUGCUGGAAAUCAUGGGCGCCGUGUGCCUGGUUCCCGGGGGCCACAAAAAGGUACUGGAGGCCAUGCUGCACUACCAGAAAUAYGCCAGUGAAAGGACUCGUUUUCAGACGCUGAUCAAUGACUUGGACAAGAGCACGGGCCGGUACCGGGAUGAAGUGAGCCUCAAGACAGCCAUCAUGUCCUUCAUCAACGCUGUCCUGAGUCAGGGGGCAGGCGUGGAAAGCCUGGAUUUCAGACUCCAUCUGAGRUACGAAUUCCUCAUGCUCGGGAUCCAGCCAGUCAUCGACAAACUGAGACAGCAUGAAAAUUCAACCCUUGACCGGCACUUAGAUUUCUUUGAAAUGCUCAGAAACGAAGAUGAACUGGAGUUUGCCAAAAGAUUUGAGCUGGUGCACAUCGACACCAAAAGCGCCACUCAGAUGUUUGAGCUGACGAGGAAGAGGCUGACGCACAGCGAGGCGUACCCGCACUUUAUGUCCAUCCUGCACCACUGUCUCCAGAUGCCUUAUAAAAGAAGCGGCAACACUGUCCAGUACUGGCUGCUGCUCGACAGGAUCGUGCAGCAGAUCGUCAUCCAGAGUGACAAAGGGCAGGACCCCGACGCCACUCCCCUGGAAAACUUCAACAUUAAAAAUGUUGUGAGAAUGUUAGUCAAUGAAAAUGAAGUGAAACAGUGGAAAGAACAAGCAGAGAAAAUGAGAAAAGAGCACACAGAGCUUCAGCAGAAGCUGGAGAAGAAGGAGCGGGAGUGUGACGCCAAGGCCCAGGAGAAGGAGGAGAUGAUGCAGACGCUGAACAAGAUGAAGGAGAAGCUGGAGAAGGAGUCCAGUGAGCACAARCAGGUCAAGCAGCAAGUGGCAGAUCUCACAGCACAGCUCCAUGAGAUGAGCAGGAGGGCCAUCUGUGCUGCCAGCCCUGGAGGACCUCCCAUGCCACCAGGAGCCCCUGGUGGCCCUUCACCUUGUCCAACUCCCGGAUCUCUUCUUCCCCCUCCUCCACCCCCACCACUCCCUGGGGUCUGUCCCCCACCGCCUCCCCCACCCCCUCCUCCAGGUGGUCCCCCGCCUCCCCCUGGCCCCCCACCCCUGGGUGGGAUGAUGCCUCCCCUUGGAGCACCUCUGGGCAUGACCUUCAAGAAGAAGAGCAUCCCUCAGCCAACAAACGCCCUCAAAUCCUUCAACUGGUCCAAGCUUCCAGAGAACAAGCUGGCAGGCACCGUGUGGACCAGCAUAGAUGACUCAAAAGUGUUCAAAAUCCUGGACCUCGAAGACCUGGAGAGGACGUUCUCCGCCUACCAAAGACAGCAGAAGGAAGAUGCCAUCGACGACACGUUGAGCUCCCGGCACAAAGUCAAGGAGCUUUCAGUCAUAGACGGCCGGAGAGCUCAGAAUUGCAAUAUCCUCCUCUCCAGGCUGAAACUCUCGAAUGAGGAGAUCAAACGAGCGAUUUUGACAAUGGAUGAGCAGGAGGACCUCCCAAAAGACAUGCUGGAACAGCUCUUGAAGUUUGUUCCUGAAAAGGGUGACAUUGACCUGCUGGAAGARCACAAGCACGAGCUGGACCGCAUGGCCAAGGCUGACCGGUUCCUCUUCGAAAUGAGCAGGAUAAACCAUUAUCAGCAGAGGCUGCAGUCCCUCUACUUCAAGAAGAAGUUUGCAGAGAGAGUUGCAGAGGUCAAACCCAAGGUGGAAGCCAUCCGUGCUGGCUCCAAGGCYGUGCUGCAGAGCAGCAGCCUCCAGCAGCUCCUGGAGGUGGUGCUGGCUUUUGGGAACUACAUGAACAAGGGCCAGAGGGGCAACGCCUUUGGCUUCAAGAUCUCCAGCCUCAACAAGAUCGCUGACACCAAGUCCAGCAUUGACAAGAACAUCACCCUGCUGCACUAUCUCAUCACUGUUGUGGAGAAGAAAUAUCCCAAAGUCCUCCGCCUGCAUGAGGAGCUGCGAGACAUCCCGCAGGCAGCCAAAGUCAACAUGACAGAGCUGGAGAAAGAAAUAAACACUCUGAGAAGCGGCCUGAGAGCAGUGGAGACUGAGCUGGACUUCCAGAAGUCUCAGGUUCAGAGGGCAGGUGACAAGUUUGUGUCUGUCGUCAGCCAGUUCAUCACGUUGGCCAGCUUCAGCUUCUCGGACGUUGAAGAUCUCCUGAUGGAAGCAAAAGAGCUGUUUUCCAAGGCRGUGAAGCACUUUGGAGAAGAUACAGACAAAAUGCAGCCUGAUGAAUUCUUCGGCAUCUUUGACCAGUUCCUUCAAGCYGUGACCGAGGCCAAGCAGGAGAAUGAGAACAUGAGGAAGAGGAAGGAGGAGGAGGAGCGCCGGGCACGCAUGGAGGCACAGCUGAAGGAGCAGCGGGAGCGCGAGCGCAAGGCGAGGAAGGCGAAGGAGACCGGGGAGGAGAGCGGCGAGUUCGAUGACCUGGUGUCCGCCCUGCGCUCGGGCGAAGUCUUYGACAAGGACCUGACCAAGCUGAAGCGCAACCGCAAGCGCAUCACCAACCAGCUGGCGGAGAGCGGCCGCGAGAGGCCCGUCACCAAGCUCAACUUCUGAGAGACAAACUGACAGCAAAACCCAGCAAAAGACACGCGGGUCAGUCUUUCUCAAGUGGCUGUGGUUGGUUGUUUUUUUUUUGUUUCCAUGACACUGCCUUGCGAUUCGAAGCUGAACAGUGGCGCGCUCUUUGUCCCUGCGGGCGAGUGUGCGUGUGUGUAUAUACUGUGUAUAUAGUCGGGUCGGGGGUGUGGAGGGAGGUGCGUGGGCAGCUCGCCGUGGUGAGUGCCAGCACUGCCCCCUCCCCACUCCAAAAAGUAGUUCUCCCCAUGCACAAGCACAAUGCCACGUCCGUGGAGCAAGAGAGGACCCAACCCCGAGCCGCCGGCCGUCCCUGUGGCCCCGAAGCCAGCGGGAAGCUGCCUCCUGCUGCUCUCCUGCUCAGAACCCCCCGGGCCAUUUGCAGGGGACACCUGGCACAAAAGCCGAGUGGUUUAAAGAAGAAAAGAAAAAGAAAGCAAAGUUGACUGAACUUUAUUCCAUUGUUUGUUUGUUUGUUUGUUUUCUCUCAUUGUUGUGAUURUUCUGAGAAACUCACAGAUCUGUGCGUUGGCGCUGGAUCCCGAGCUCRGCGCCACGGGCGCUCAUGGUGAUGCUCUUUCCGUCAUCCUUGGGAAACGCUCUUUUUCCUCCUGCUGCCACCUUGCUAAAGGAUAAACUUGACCCCAAAGUGCUUCUUGCUGUAAUGCCACACUGAUGUAUUUAUACUUUUGCAAUGUUUUCUGGCCCAAGACGGUGGGAAAGGUUCRGUUCUCGGAGGAGACGAAGAGCAUAAACUUUCGCGUUGUAACUUUUGUUCUUGCUUUCUGUUCAAUGGGACAAACUGUAUCCUCUGUCGAGGUGGGUCAGGACCAAAGGUCUCUGAAAUACAAAGGGGUUGGGGUAAAACCCARCAGCUUUCACCCACCUUCUUUUCCUUUUUCUUUCUCAGACACACAGAAGCAGCGAUGCCAAGAAACACUUGUCUCUUAGCCAGGUCCUUUUUUUGACUGGUUUGAUGUUCAUUGUCAUUGCGAAUUUGUAAGCAGAACUACCUGUCAAAUGUCAGUCCAAAAAA